AUGGAAUACAUUACAGCCUUCUCGCUUAUUGCACAAAACUCAACAGAGAUGCUCAGUAAGGAUGCAAUGAAGUCUAAGAUCGUUUCACUGCUGAAUUCCAUUCAGGCACCUGUUUGCGAGGAAUCGCUUGAUCUUUUUCUUUCAAAGGUAGAUGGAAAGUCGUUCAGCGAAUUAAUUGCAGCAGGAGGUGAGCUUAUGAAAUCGCAGAUUUCAGCCGGACCUUCUACAGCAGCUAAGACUACAACAGCAGCUCCUGCAAAGGUUGAAAAAGUAGAGGAAGAAGAGUCUGAAAGCGAUGCCAAUCUUGAUUUCUUCUAA